CCGGUGCCGGCCGCCAUGGCCUCCUCGCGGGCGCCGGCGGCGCGCGGCGGCGCGCGGCCCCCCGCGCGGGCUCCCGCCCCCGCCGAGGCCACAAAGAGCAAGGCCUCAGAGGAGAGCGAUGCACCUCCACCCAAAAGAGCCCACAUCUUUUAUGGCAGUUUGGAAGAGAAGGAGAGAGAGCGUCUUGCAAAAGGAGAGUCAGGCCUGCUGGGAAAAGAUGGGGUGAAAGCUGCAAUUGAGGCUGGCAACAUUAACAUAAGCAGCGGUGAGGUCUUUGAUCUUGAAGACCAUAUGAGCGAGCGUCAGGCAGAAGUCUUAGCUGAGUUUGAGCGCAGGAAGAGAGCCCGGCAAAUCAAUGUUUCCACUGAUGACUCUGAAGUGAAAGCCUGCUUACGAGCCCUUGGGGAGCCCAUCACGCUCUUUGGAGAAGGCCCUGCAGAGAGGAGGGAGAGAUUACGAAAUAUCCUUUCAGUGGUUGGCACAGAUGCCUUGAAAAAGAGUAGGAAAGAUGACGACAAGUCUAAAAAAUCCAAAGAAGAGUAUCAGCAAACCUGGUAUCAUGAAGGACCACGCAGUCUGAAGACAGCUAGGCUGUGGCUAGCUAACUACUCGCUCCCCAGGGCAGUGAAGCGGCUAGAAGAAGCCCGGCUGCUCAAAGAGAUUCCAGAGGCAACCAGAACAUCGCAGAGACAGGAGCUACACAAAUCCCUGAGGUCCUUGAAUAACUUCUGCAGUCAGAUUGGAGAUGAUCGUCCACUAUCCUACUGCCAUUUCAGCCCCAAUUCCAAAUUCCUAGCUACUGCCUGUUGGAGUGGGCUGUGCAAGCUCUGGUCUGUGCCUGACUGCAACCUUGUUCAUACCUUACGAGGACAUAACACCAACGUGGGAGCAAUAGUCUUCCAUCCCAAAGCCACUGUCUCCUUAGACAAGAAAGAUGUUAACCUGGCCUCGUGUGCAGCUGAUGGUUCUGUCAAACUUUGGAGCCUUGAAAGUGAUGAGCCAGUGGCAGAUAUUGAAGGUCAUAGCAUGAGAGUGGCACGUGUGAUGUGGCACCCGUCUGGAAGGUUCCUGGGCACUACCUGCUAUGAUCACUCAUGGCGCUUGUGGGACUUGGAAGCUCAGGAAGAGAUCCUCCAUCAGGAGGGACACAGCAAAGGGGUCUAUGACAUUGCCUUUCACACAGAUGGGUCUCUUGCUGGGACUGGUGGACUGGAUGCUUUUGGCCGGGUGUGGGACUUGCGCACAGGACGCUGCAUCAUGUUUCUAGAAGGCCACCUGAAGGAGAUCUAUGGGGUUAACUUCUCUCCAAAUGGAUACCACAUCGCAACUGGCAGUGGUGACAAUACUUGCAAAGUGUGGGACCUCCGUCAGAGGAAGUGCAUCUACACCAUUCCUGCCCAUCAGAACCUGGUGACUGGGGUGAAGUUUGAACCCAAUCACGGUAACUUCCUGCUCACAGGCGCCUAUGAUAACACAGCAAAGAUCUGGACUCACCCUGGCUGGUCUCCUUUGAAAACACUGGCUGGUCAUGAGGGGAAGGUAAUGGGACUAGAUAUCUCCCUUGAUGGCCAACUGAUAGCGACGUGUUCGUAUGACAGAACCUUCAAGCUGUGGACAGCGGAGUAGCUCAGAGUUUCUGAUGAACUGGAACGGAGAUGUUAAUGUCUUUGAACGCAGACAUUCUUACAUUCUUGCUUUUUUAUAUUAAAGAAAAAGGAAUCUGCUAUUGUAA